AUGGCACCCAAAGGCCCCUUCCGCCUCGUGACGGUCAACACAGCCCCCGAGCGCGCCAAGAAGCUUAUCGGACGCAUGGUCGAGGCGCUCAAGGACCAGUAUACAAUUGACUAUGUGGCCAAUUGCGAAAACAUUGCUGAAGUUGAGGAGAAAGUAAGGGCAGCCAAGCCAGACGUCUUGUUUGCUGCAUCCAUGUGGUCGGCCGACGAGGCGGCGCAGAUUGAAAAGAUCGGGAGGUCGAUAGUGCCGGACGUCAAGUUCCACGCCAUCCCGCACGGUCUACAGGUGGAGAGGGGACCCGACGCCAUCGUCGAGCACUUGUUGGAGGUGGUGCCGAAGCUCCUGGAUCAGUAA